UUGGCAGCAUGUGACCGAAACAACAUGAUUAUUAUGUAAAUCUGAAAGUAGUGGUAGAAAUUAUUUUUUCCGCAGUCAUGAAAGUAAGGUUUUCUUUUUUUACUUCCGAAAUCGUAUUUACCUCCUUAACUUACAUUUAACUUGGUGCAUUAUGUUCCGGGCCUGUCAAAAAUUCAGAUCCAUCCUCCACCGACAUCAUCAAAUGUUCGAUUUCUGCAUCACAUACAAAAACCCCGCAGUAACUUGUUCAGCUUUUUUCUCCAGGAAAACACCAAGCAAAGGCAAAGACGAAAAUCUGUCUGAGUUGUUCAAGCCUGUUGCUGUAAAACCCAACCCUGACGAUAUCAAUGUUGGCGCUGAGUUGACUGGCAACUUGAAUAAGGGAGAGGUACUCAAAGUGCUGAACAAAUUCUACCAGCAAGAAGAAAUCAAAGCUCUAUGCAAAGAGAAUGGACUAGACAGUUACAUACAGCACCAAUCAUAUAUCAGUUUUAGAAAAUUUUGCUUGGAAGCAGAAUCAUUACCUGUAGACUUGCACAUUACGUUCAGCGACAUUCUUCAAGAUGCUGGACAUAUCCACGAUCUUUUUCCAUACUAUUUGAAGCAUGCAAAGCGAAUAUUUCCUCACCUAGAAUGUAUGGACGAUCUUAAAAAAAUCAGUGAUCUUCGAUCUCCUGCUAAUUGGUAUCCAAAUGCUAGGAGCUUGAAUAGGAAAAUAAUUUUUCACGCUGGUCCAACAAAUAGUGGUAAAACAUAUCAUGCAUUAGAGAGAUUUUUAAAUGCUAAAACUGGUGUGUAUUGUGGACCUCUCAAGCUAUUGGCAUCUGAAGUUUACAAGAAAGCUAACAGUCUGGGUAUUGAGUGUGAUCUCAUAACUGGUGAAGAAAGGAAAUGCGCCCCAAACAAGGAGUCUCCGUCAAAUCAUGUCGCCUGCACUGUUGAAAUGACUUCAGUAAACAUUCCUUAUGAAGUGGCUGUCAUAGAUGAAAUACAAAUGGUCAAAGACCAACAGAGAGGCUGGGCCUGGACACGGGCGUUACUAGGUCUCAUGGCCAAUGAAAUUCAUGUUUGUGGUGAAGCAGGUGCCAUUGAUUUGAUUAAGUCUCUCAUGUUGACAACAAAUGAGGAUGUGGAGGUUUUCAAGUACAAAAGAUUAACGGAGCUGGAGAUUGAGUCCAAUGCUGUUGGUUCACUAGACAAUAUAGUGGAUGGUGAUUGCAUUGUUUGUUUUAGUAAAAAUGAUGUUUAUUCUGUAAGUCGUGGGAUAGAAGCUCGUGGUAAAGAGGCUGCUGUAAUCUAUGGAAGUUUGCCACCUAAUGCCAAAAUUGCCCAAGCCACUAAAUUCAAUGACCCUGAAAACUCUUGUAAGGUUCUUGUUGCAACAGAUGCCAUUGGAAUGGGUCUAAAUCUGAGUAUAAGGCGGGUGAUAUUUUAUUCCCUGAUCAAGCCAGUAAUGAACGACAAAGGAGAAAGGGAAAUGGAUAUAAUAUCUGUUUCCCAAGCUUUGCAAAUAGCUGGUAGAGCUGGACGAUAUGGAACUCAGUAUGAUAAGGGUUGCGUGACAACAUUCAAAGCAGAGGAUUUGCCGAAAUUGAAAGAUCUACUUUCUCAAACGCCCGAGCCUAUCACAAAAGCAGGUCUCCAUCCAACUGCUGAGCAAAUUGAACUUUACGCAUAUCACCUUCCCAAUUCCGCUCUCUCUAAUCUGAUGGAUAUUUUUGUAUCUUUGUCAACUGUGGACGAUUCUCUGUACUUCAUCUGUAAUAUAGAUGACUUCAAAUUUUUAGCAGACAUGAUUCAACAUGUUUCUUUGCCGUUACGAGCAAGAUAUGUUUUCUGUUGUGCACCAAUCAAUCGGAAAAUGCCAUUUGUUUGUACGAUGUUUUUAAAGUAUGCUCGUCAAUACAGUAAAAAUGAAGCACUCACGUUUGAUUGGCUCUGUAGAAAUAUAGGGUGGCCAAUUCAGACACCAAAAACAAUUAUAGACCUCAUUCAUUUGGAAGCUGUAUUUGAUGUUCUAGAUUUAUAUUUAUGGCUCAGUUACCGCUUCAUUGAUCUCUUUCCGGAUGCCACACUAGUGCGGGAUAUGCAAAAUGAACUGGAUGCCAUAAUUCAGGAAGGUAUCAUUCAACUUACACGCUUACUGAAAAAUGCAGACAAACCAUCUCCACUACCAUUAGAGGAUGAUUUCGAUAGCAAACAGAAGCAGGACCAGUAUCUAAGAGGAGGAUCCGAUAAGCAGAACAGUGGGCAUGGAAGACUUACUGAAAGAUUACUUGCGCAGGGUCUUCUUACACCUAAAAUAUUGCAACAACUGCAAGAAGAAUGGAAUCAACAGACCCAACAAAAGGAGACUAACUCUUCAUCAGAUGAAAAUUCCUCACACUCUAGAAAACCAAGGAGAAAACCCAGGGCAUAACACUUCCUACAGAGGGGAUGUACAACUAAAUGGAUUUCAGAGACAAGUUACAAAGUCUUUAAUAGUUUUCUUGGCUUUUCGAAGAAAACAGCUCAUUACUUUGCAUUUACAAGCGGUAAAAUCAAAUUGUUCAAGUAAUGUCUAUUGGAAUAAGAUUAUUUUCAAACAUCUCUGCUCCUCCCUUGAGGCGCCAGAAAGCGUAAUUUCAUUAGAGCAUAAUGAAACAUAGAAAAUUGAAUUGUGAUCGUCUACAGGAAAAGAGACCUUAGUACCACGGUAACUGAAAAUUGAGCUAUUGGCAUCUCUGCAAAGAGGCGUGUUUUUAUGUAGUAAAUGUUUGCACAAAAACCGUGACAAAAUGUCGAAACAAGGUGUAGACUAAGAUGAAGUUUGCAAUUCGAAAAACGUAGUUUUGAGUUUGUAUAACAUUUUAAUCCGCAGUAUUUCAAGCUCCGAUUGUUGGACUGAAGUCAGUUUUCCACCUCCUUCGGUACAAAAAUGAAUCAGACUGACUGCAACUGACUCUUUGAAAUACUAGGCAAAGCUCCACAUGGGAAACUUAAUUUGCCUUUCGCAACCAAACUAUAGAAAAAUUGCUGUCCUGAAAACUUUGCGCCCACCUCCUCAUGUCCCUCUUAAAUGAAUACAGGUUCCUUUGUACCUGCCUUAUUUCACUAAAGAAAGAGGCUUUGAAGUGCCGGUGAAAAUAUUUUCCUAGUCCUUCCAGGAAUAGUUAAUGUCUGAUUCCUAAUUUUGUCUCAGUGCACAAUAUUGCAGAGAUUAGUGCAGUCUUCAAACAACUCCUUUUGCAGCAGAGUACAAAUUCUUUCUCCCAUGCAAGCAUGGACUGGUUGAGAGAUUUCUCCCCAUCAUAAUUUUCGAACGGUAACUUACCAGGGAAAAUAUGCCAGAACUAUUACCAAGAAAUGUGUUACUUGUGAAGGAACUAAGUAACCACUCUCCAUAUUUUCCAAUGGUCUGUUGGUCCGAGUUACUGAUGUGCCCCUUUAAGCCCCUGUUUUUUGCAAAGCAAAUACGUUCAUCGAUUGUGAAAGCGUUUUUGCAAGAAAGUCACCUAUGUGGUGGCCUAGGUUUUUAAUUGCUAAUGAAUUGUGUGGAAAAGAACUUUUUGCAUGCCUGUUACUAAACCAUUGUGUUCUGAAGCAAGUAGAGCUAUCCUAUCUGCUUCAUUUCCUCCCUUGAGAUGUUGUCAACUAUUCCUAGCUACUUUGUAAAAAACUGAAAUUGUUACAAUGUGAUAGAAGCACAGGUUUUUUAAUAAAUUUUUUUUUUUUUCACUGUG